GCCAUAUGCAAUCCGGAAUUGAUUAUCAGCACAAAAUUGCGAAGCCAAACCGUUGACUUACUCUCAGUCUAUAGUUUAGAAUUUCCAUAAUUUGAACCACCUUAGUCAAUGUUAACAACCCGCACUUACGGGCAACAUGGACGAACCUACAGUAGGCACAAGUCAAGACAUGCCUGCAGCUCCUGCUGCGGCAACUAUCCCAGCAGGAAUAUCGUGGAGCCCACAAGCUCGACCUCAUUACACACCUCAGUUCUCCGCAACGACGCAAAUGAUCUUGAAGCGUAUCAAGGGAGAGCCCAGUAGUCAACCCAAGAAUCUGAGCUCUGUGAUAUCAUCCGCCUCAGCAGCCGGAACCAUAAACCAAUCCUCGUAUGAGGAUGCUAAGCGGCGCCUGGUAAUGACCAUGAACACACAGAUCUCACUUCCCAUGCCGUCUCCAGCACAAGCACCCGUACAACGGCCCUCACCAGCAGUCGUACUCCCUAAGAUAGAACCGAAUCAAUCGCCAGUAAUAAUGCCUCCACCAAGAGGACGAGGAAGGCCUCCGAAGUUGGACAAGAAAGGCAAGCCACCACGUGGGACGAAGCGGAAGCGCGUUGGAAAGGAUGAAGACGAUGGUUCAUCGGCUCUCAGUGAUCCUCCGGAUAGUGGAGAGGACGAUGAGUAUGCGAACCCUACCAUGACAAAGUCCGGCCGCCAAGUAUCCAAACCCACUCAGUUUAACCCUGUUACGGCACCAGGUACAAACAAGCGCAAGCAAUACGGCAAGCGGACUGAGGAGCAGGCACUCUGCAAAGUGUGCACUCGUGGUCUAAGCACACCAAAAAAUCCAGUUGUAUUUUGUAAUGGAUGCAACAACUGUUGGCAUCAGAUGUGCCAUGAACCCUGUAUUGAUGAUGAGUUCAUCAAGGACGAAUCACAGGAAUGGUUUUGUCGAGGCUGCGUGGCCAAGAAAGAAAGGUCAAUCGCCAAAAAGAAGGCUAUUGACUGGCACAAGGGUGUAAGCUGGUCAAAUAAAUCUGCAGAACAGAAACGUUCAUACCUCACUGGUCUUUCUAAAGAUCAGCUAGUCAACACUAUUAUGUACACUCUUGAGUUACACCCUGAUCUCGCAUUGUUCCCCGAGGGCAACGGAGCCAAGCGAGGACGCCCUCCUGCCGGGUCCCACGUUUCGUCGUUGCCUGCAAGUCCUACUCCUCUUAAUUUUGCACAAUCCAUCUCGACACCACCGAUGAACGGUAUACAGAGCAACGAGGGAAGUGGACGAAACGCUCGCGCAAAUUCCGAAGACGUCCCUCCAUCUUGGCCCAGGCAGGGGUCAGGUGCCUUGGUUAAGAUGAGAAUGAACGAAGACGAUUUCGAUGAUAGGAACGACUCUGCUUCUUUCAGUGUCAUUACUUACGAUGCCAAAUCGGGUAACAAAUUGGUCGAGAACGGAAUCCCAGUCUUGGGUCAGAACAUAUCAGCCUAGGGAGCGAGCAACUUCAUAGAGGUUGAGAUGAAGGUUGAUACAGAAAAAGCCGACGAGUACACGGUAUUCCAGGAACUUAUCAAAAGAAGUGCAUCGCUCUCUGGUCAACUCAGGUCGGGAAAACAACGGGACAACUGAAACUCGGUGACGUUAGAUGGAAGCAGGCGUUUAAGUAAGCCUCAAGUCACUUACAAUUUUCACCGGA